UACUAAAAGCUAAUUAACAUGGACAGCUAACCAUAUGCCACUUUGGAACUUGACUACUUAAAUCUUGAAAAAGCAGACAAAAUAUUUGUCCAAUUUUCCGUUUCUCCCAACACAGAAAAGAAGGACAAGAAUUAAAUAAGGGAAAAGGGUUGUAUUAAUUUCCUUGAGGCCCACUUGCACCAAACUCCUUAAAGACAGCAGUAACUAUCAGAAGGGUCCAUUCUGAAAGCAUCCAAAUCAACAUCCAAAACCCCAAAAGUCCCAAGUUUUUAUAAUCCUGACACAAAACUCAAACAAGCAGACAACAACAAGAGUCUCUUGAGUUCUCAAAAGCUGAUCAGCCCUCAUCAAGACAAACAGAAAGAGAGAGCGUGAUGGGAUCAAUUCUUGGAAAGAGAGCUGUGGCAGUAGUGCUUGCUUGUCUGAUGUUUGCUUCAUCAAUUCAGCUCUCAGCUGGAGCAGUCUAUAAGGUGGGAGAUUCUGCUGGCUGGACCACCAUUGGAAAUGUUGAUUACAACCUCUGGGCUGCUACAAAAACCUUUCAUGUUAACGACACAAUCGUUUUUGAGUACAACCCUCAGUUUCACAAUGUGAUGCAAGUCACGCACGCUGAAUUCAGGGCAUGCAAUGCCUCGUCCCCCAUCUCGACUCACACGACGGGCAACGACUCCAUCACCAUCAAUACUCACGGCCACCAUUUCUUCCUAUGUGGUGUUCCCGGGCACUGUCAAGCAGGACAGAAAGUUGAUAUCAACGUUCUUCGUGCUCCUUCAGUAGCACCCAGCCCCUCAGGAUUAACUCCCUCUCCAGUUCCUCCAGUUACAGUUCCAGCACUUUCUCCAAACGAUGCUCCUCAUGUGAAUUUGCAGUUUGGCUGGCUGCUUCUGGUUUUUCAGCUGUUGUUCGUGUUUUAUUUCAGUGGUAAUUAGAACUGUCGCGCGCCGUUUCAAUAUAAGAGUUCUGCUGGAUGGAUGCUUCUUGGUGAGUAGUUGCCGCAGAAAAUUCGGGAUCUUCUACUUGUACAAGUAGUGAUGCAGUGAAAUUAUGAUCAGGGCGAGAAUAAUUUUUUUUUUUUCCUUUCUUGAUUGACAAAUGCUGUAUGAGACCGUCCUGUCAUAAGACCAAUUUUCAUGUAAGAAAAACUGAGAAGUCCGUACAUUUUGAUUGAAGAAGUAUUGCUACAAUAUUCUCCUGAAA